AUGGACGACACUUAUUUUUGGAGCAAACAUGGGCGCCCUGCUGCUGAAAAAGACCGUGUCCGAAACUCCGUCGCCGAGCUCUGCCUCUUCCAUCUCAAGAAGGAAGGUACCGUUAUGAAAACCACCCAUUUCAAAUCGGAAAAAGAUCUGAAAUUCAAAGCGGAAGAGGAUAUCGAUAUGGCUCCAUACAUCAUGUAUUCGUUGAAUAAGAAACGCCGGUGGGAAGCCGAAGACGCCAUCGGAAUCGAACUUUUGGACAGAACUCAGAAGUUGAAUGACGGAUGGAAGGUUCUUCUGAUUGAGCGAGUCAAUUUGAGAAGUUAUGUGUGGCCGAACUGGAGUUAUGGGUAUAGUCCAGAACGAUUUUUGGAUUAUUUUAUGAUCAAGGAUGUUCACGAGUUGAAGAAGGACAACGCUUAUGAUCAUAAGACCUUAGAUUCAGUGUACGGACAACGGUAUUCUCAUUUUCUGAAGAAGAAUCGGAAACCGAAGAAGGAGGAUGAUGGAGAAGAGGAAGGUGGAGACGAGGAGCCACUUGCUGCAUACAACUUCUUGAGACCCCCAAAGAACUACGUGACACUUCUCCAGAAGCAGUUCACGAGCGAUAAUUAUGGAUGGGAAUGGCCCCACGUUGGUUACUGGCGUCGUAUCGAUCGCCUCAAGGACGACCAUCUUGAACUGAGAUAUGGAGAACUUGAGGAUCUUGAUGGGAGCGAUGUGGAUGAGAAUGGCGAGGAGGGAGCAUCGGAUGAGGGCUUCGAGCAGAAGAAGCCGUCGCAAUUCUACAAUUUGGAGGAGCAUUUGGUGGAUAAAUUUGUGAUUGUGAAGACACCGAGAAGACGAAAGAAUACGUGUUAG